CAGAAGUUCUGCAAGCUGUGCACUCACUCUCACAUACUGUACACACACACACACACACACAAGCAUCUACACUCACAACAACAAAAAAACUACACUCUCAAACACAUUCAGAUAUCACACAAACGUUCACAGUGUACAUUGCGUUGGUGUUGCAUAAAGAACUCACAACUCCCACAGACCAACACACUGAUCUACUGCCCAAGCGUUGUCAAGGACUGGUAACACUCCACAAAACAGCAUACAGAAGAAAUGGGGUCCCCAUAUUUCCCAGCGCGCACAGUUCUGUUCCGGAAGGAGCCAAGCGGUGUGACCUACAGAAUUCCGGCGCUGCUCUAUUUGCCGAUCUCCAACUCCUUCCUGGCCUUCUGUGAGGAGAGGCUCAGCCCAGCGGACUCCCAAGCCCACCUGCUGGUCCUGCGGAGGGGGACUUUCUACCGCAACUAUGUGGAGUGGGAUGACAUCAGGGUGCUGGAAUCUGCUCGCCUGCCAGGUCACCGCUCCAUGAACCCCUGUCCAGUCUACGAUGAGUUCACCAACACCGUCUUCCUAUUCUUCAUCGCUGUGCUGGGCAACAUCACAGAGUCCUUCCAGCUGGUCACAGGGAAGAAUGUGACACGUCUGUGCUUCGUGUCCAGCCACGACCAAGGGCAGACCUGGAGUCCCGUCACCGACCUGACCAAAAGUGUCAUUGCAGACACCAUCAAAGACUGGGCCACCUUCGCGCUCGGCCCUGGCCACGGCGUUCAGGUGAAAUCGGGCCGGCUGCUGGUGCCGGCCUACGCCUACCACAUCGACUGCAGGGAGUGCUUCGGGCGGCUCUGCGUGACCACGCCCCACUCCUUCUGCCUCCGCAGCGACACGCACGGGCGCAGCUGGCUCUUGGGCGAGGCCGUGCCCGCCCUGGACAGCGUGGAGUGCCAGGUGGUGCCCGUGGACGAGGAGGACGGCGGUAGCGUGGUGUACUGCAACGCCCGGAGCCCACUGGGGUGCAGGGUUCAGGCGCUCAGCCUCGACGAUGGCGCCACCUUCCAGAACGGGCAGCUGGUGCAGAAGCUGGUGGAGCCGCGGAACGGUUGCCACGGCAGCGUGGUGGGCUUCCCCGCUCCUCUCCGCUUGCCCCAGGAAUGCCGCGCGCUGCUUUUUGGCCCCCAUGGCUCGGCCCCUGCUCGGGCUCGACACUGGACCUUCAGUGCUCACCCACCCCCUGCAGACCCUCGAACCUCUGGAAACUUCCUCACACCCACGUGGGUGGCCUACUCCCACCCCACUUGGCCCAACGCCCGGCGGGACCUGGGCGUGUACCUCAGCCUGUUCCCUCGCGACCCGGACAGCUGGUCCGAACCCUGGGUCAUUUACAACGGGCCCAGCGCCUACUCCGAUCUGGCCUACCUGGAGCUUCCAGCCCCCGAAGCCCCGCCCAUCACUGCCUUCGCUUGUCUCUUUGAGAACGGCUCAAAGACGGCGUAUGACGAGAUCUCCUUCUGCAUCUUCACACUGUAUGAGCUCAUUGACCACAUCCCUCAUAGAAAGCCUGGCUCUGGCAGAGGAGAGGUGCAGAAGAAGAAGAGGAGGUGGAAGCAGAGGCAGAGCAGGCUUUGUGGCCUCUGUAGCAUCUGCUAACGUGCUAGAAUUGUAGCUUCCACUCGCUUCUGGUACAUUGAUUCAGUGAGUAUGCUACAUUGAGGAACACGUGGCUAUGCCGGGGAAGUAGCAAUGCUCAGGGUUUGUUUGAAUUUUCUAAUCAAUUCAUUACUGUACUGUAGGUGUCAGAAAUGCUAUAAUUUAAUCUUAGUGAUUAAAUUACAUUCUAAUUUGCAACCACACACAAAAUGAUAUACAAAAGCCAACUAUACAAAUGUAUAUAAGUAAAAAAAUACUAAAUUAAAAGUACUAAAAUCUUUUCAGCUGAUAUAGCUGUCAUUGGGCAUAGAGUAAAAACAUAACUUCAAGUGCCUUAGGUUUUUCUUUCUUUCUUUUUCUCAGUAGCCUAUCUGUUGCAAAUGUCAUUCAUUGAACAUGACCGCAAAUGCCUCAGGUUCCUCAAGUAAUUUUAUAGUUGUAAUGUAAACCAAUAGAACAAAAGAAUAGACAAUUCCUGGUCCACAAAGAGAUGCGUGAAGACACAGGCUCCAGUAACCUACCUAAAUUUGCCACUUACAUUUAUAUCAAAAAUCAUGAAAUGCUCUCAAGAUUCAGGUUUGGCACAUUAUGUAGUAACGAGCUUGAGCAAAAACAAUAAUACCAUUCUUAACAUUUGUUUAUUUCAUGCAUUAUUCUUUGUUUUUGAGAUACUCUCAUAAAAUAAACAUGUUAUUUGAACCAAUAUUUCAUUACAUUUAUGACAAAAAUAUGGAAUUUCAAAAAACGGUUAUAAUUUACUUUAAGUUCUUGUAUCAAACUAUCAGAACAUAAUAAAACCUUAUUAAAAUAAGAAAAUAGCUUGCAUGCCUUUUAUUUUUAAGGUAAUUUAUAUAGUUGAUUGUACGUGUCCAUUUUUUAUUCUUUUUAGCUGCCAUUUUGUCCCACCUUUGCCUCAUAGUUAUAUGAUAAAAAUACUAGUGACUCAUUUAAUUCCUCAUUCAAUAAAAUACAUUGUUUGAAGACAAACAGUCAGUCAUUUAAAUAAGAAGAGGCUAGAACCCUGGCACUGAAAACCAAUGCCUUCGAUGCACUUCAGACACAGCUCAA